AAAAUCACGUUGGUUGACUCAUAAUAUCGUGUGCAGGCCGCAUGCAUCGUUGCGUUCUCGUAGAGAAAAGAGUCCACUAAAAUAUACCUUUAUUUCUACAAGUGUAAAAUCGUACCGUCGUAGCAAGAGGGGAAACAGCUGCACAUCAAACCUAAAGGACUUUCCCUCAUAGCAGUGUAUAUUUGCUCACUUUUCCCAUCUCACAAUGCAGGAUCCUAACGAAGAUACCGAGUGGAAUGAUAUCUUGCGAGCAAAGGGCAUCAUACCGCAGAAGCCCAAGGAGAAAGAAAUCACCGAAGAUGAAAUCAUUGGCAUGAUCGAAAGCACCAUCGCGGAGAAGCAGAAUGGAAAAGACUUGUCGAAGCUCGAUCUCGAUGAGCUAGAUGAGUUGGAGGACUCGGAGGACGAGGCGGUACUGCAGCAGUAUCGGCAGAAACGCAUCGCGGAAAUGCAAGCGGCCGCCAGCAGGGCACGAUUCGGCACGGUGCGGGAAAUUUCGGGCCAGGACUACGUUGAGGAAGUGACGAAGGCGGGAGAAGGCAUCUACGUUGUGCUGCACCUGUACAGCCGUGGUGUCCCGUUCUGUGCGCUCAUUAACCAACAUUUGACACAGCUGGCCGCGGCUUUUCCGAUGACGAAGUUUGUACGUGCAAUCGCCACCACGUGCAUUGCCAACUAUCCGGAACGAAAUGUGCCGACCAUCUUCGUGUACUACGAGGGCCAGCUGAAGAAACAGUUCAUUGGGGCCGUCGAGCUUGGUGGACCUAAUCUAACGUGCGACGAGCUGGAGUAUAUGCUCGGACAGGCCAAAGCAAUUGAGAGUAAUAUCAAGGAGGACCCACGGGAGUCGAAAAAGAUCAAAGACAAACUGUUUGCGGAACUAUCGGACAACAAUGAUUGGUAGGAGGAGACCACGCGUCUUGUAAGAUGUCGGCAUUUUUCUACAAAAUUUAAUAAAAACGUCUGCUAUUUAUUGAA